UAUAACUUGUGCAACGAACGGGAUUUUGCUUGAUCGGAGACCAAAAGCUGCUAUUUUGGGUCAGAGAUAACCGAGUACUUAUACGCCGUAUAUACCCAAGUCGAAUUGAUCAGCACUUGUGUUACACGUUCUGGGCUCCACACAGGUCAAACCACCUGCAAGCACCCAUAGUGGCCAUAAAAUAACUCGGAAUGUCACAGUUGACGGAGAAACAGGAGGAAGAUCAAGCACGCGGCAAUUUCUCAAAGGUCCUUGCACGGCUCAACCCCCGACCUCUUACCGGGAAAAGGAAUCAGCCUGAGCCAGGAACCGGAGCAUGGCUAACCCACAGCCACGGGCCGCCCACAUCUCCGGAAAACGUCAAAUACCGAACAUGGCGGUCUAGUCAAUCAGGAGAGGUGCUUUGGGUCCGCGGUGAUUCAGGAACCGGGAAAUCCAGUCUUGCGCAGCUUGCAGUACGAGAUUUGCAGGCCGAUCAGAAAAGUGUGGUGCUUUCUUUUGGAUUCGAUGCUUGCCAUGGACCGACGGCCAAUACCCCUGCCGAACUCCUUCAGUCCAUCCUGGGGGAGCUGAUGCUGCAUCCCAGAGCUACUUUCGGAACGGAGGCAAAGCUUGCAAUAAGCAACUUUCUGGCUCACCAUGACGAGCUCGAAGUGUGCAGAAAAGACCAACUACCCAGUGAAAGCACAUGGCGAGCGUUUGAAAGUCUGAUUUGUUGUCAAAAGUCCUGCUUCGUCGUCAUCGAUGCUCUGGAUGAGUGCAUUUGUUCCCAAGACAAAAACACAGCAGCCCCAGGUGAAGACCUCAUGCGGAAACUAAUAGGGCUGACGGAGCGAUCAAACCUCAAACUGGCCUGUUUCUCGCGCGACGAGCCAUCCCUCAAACCCUUGAUGCAAAAUUCGGCAUGCAUAACACUCAAACCAGAUCUGGUCAUGUCCGACGUCCUGACCGUCUUCCUGAAGGAAUACGACCGCGACCCAGCGCUUCCCCCAGAAUCCAGGGAGAGGGCCAAGAAGCGCGUGCUGAAAACGGCAGACGGCUCGUUCAUGUGGGCAAAGGUUCUCGUUCAAUACGCAAAGAGUGUGAAGAGCAAAGAGGCGAUCGACAUACGGCUCGAGGUCUGUCCGCCGAGGCUCCACGACGCGUACGAGAGGAUGCUGUUGGAGACUUCAAGGCUUGAAGACUUCAGUGAGGACGACACACGACUGCGCAGGGCCGUUCUGGUCUUGCUUCUGGGAGCGCAGAGCCCCGUAACCUUGUCGAUGCUUGUAGAUGCUCUGGCGAUUUCCGAGCGCGGUGACGCCGCGGCCCGGACUCGGUUGCUCUGCAAGCCGUUGGUGAACGUGUCGGGGUCUCGGGUCGAGCUUUGCCACUCUUCAGCGAGAGACUUUCUGCUCGGGGUGCAUCCCCGCCUCACGGAUACUUUGCCGCCUAUCACGCUGGCCGAGUCUCACGAGCUCCUGGCUAGGAAAUGCUUGGAGCGGCUCCUGCGAGACGAACACGACCACGGGCCGUGCCGAGUCGCGGAAGUACGUGGGCAGAGGCAAGCGAUGGAUCGAAAUUAUGACGUGCGUUUGGUGAACCUCCCAGAUGAAAAAGACAGUUUUUACAGCUAUGCCGCAGAAUACUGGAUCACUCAUCUAAUGGCUAUUCCUGAGCCAGCCGAACGUCUUUCGGAGCUUGCCUAUGCCUUGUUAAGCAAUCUUGGGCUUGGUCACUGGACUGACUACCUGGGGGAAACAGGCCACGGUCACAGCAGGCUGAUGAAGGCGCAUGGUCACCUGAAGAAGUCGGCCAACGUGCUAAAUUAUGAGCAACAAGCUGAGGCUGAGUCGAGAUAACGGCAAGGGGUACAUAGGAUAUUUCUUUCUGAUCCGACGGGUUCUUCCUGACCAUUAACGUUUUGACUUCGUUAGACUAGAAGCAGAGAUAGGCUAAUUCUGGCCAAUGAGAAAUUUGUAAUACAGGGAAGGGAAGUGGCUAGAGAUUAUUCGCUGGUACCUUUAAAUA